AUGGAGACUUGGAAGACAUUUUGGGGGAUCAUCUUCCUUGCAGCUGGUUUUGGCUUCAUCAAGUCACAGAGAAUUGUGUGCAGGGAGGACUCUGUGGGAGAUGUCGUGUUUCUGGUGGACACCAGCAACAACCCCCAGAACACCCGCAGCGUGCGGAGCUUCUUGUACACUGUGGUCAACGGCUUCAAUGUCAGCAGAGAGGCGGUCUGCGUGGGGCUGGCCCGGUACAGUGACCAGCCCCAAUCCGAGUUCCUCCUUUCCACCUACCAUCGUGAAGGCGAAGUGCUGAGACACAUCCAGAGGUUUCCAUUUACGCCGGUCCACAAGAUGGGGCUGGCCCUGCAGUUCCUCCUAGAUCACCACUUCCAGGAAACAGCGGGGAGCCGGGCAAGCCAGGGCAUGCCUCAAGUCGCCGUGGUGUCGAUCGGCAGCAGCCCAGCAGAGGACCACGUGCAAGAGCCCACAGAUGCCUUUAGGAGGGCGGGCAUCCUCCUCUACACCAUGGGCGUCGGAGAUGCGGUUUCAGCAGAGCUCAAGGAGAUUUCGAGCAGUCCUCUGGAGAAGUUCGUCGCCUUUGUUCCCAACUUCUCUGGUUUGGGCAGUUUCGCCCUGAAGCUACGCCAGGAGCUCUGUGAUACGUUGGCAAAGGCAGCUCCACCUGUUGGCCACGUCUCUCCAGCUUGCAGAGAAGCAGUCCUGGCUGACAUUGUCUUCCUAGUAGACAGCUCAACCAGCAUAGGACCCCAGAACUUCCAGAAAGUGAAGAACUUCCUUCACCCUGUCAUCUUGGGGCUGGACAUCAGCAGUGACCAGAUCCGAGUGGGACUCGCACAGUAUAAUGACAACAUCUACCCAGCCUUUCGGCUGAACCACCACCCUCUGAAGAGUGUGGUCCUGGAGCAUACCCGGAACGUGCCCUACCAUACAGGAGGCACAAACACAGGGAGUGCCCUGGAGUUCGUCAGGACCAACUACUUGACUGAGGCAGCUGGCAGCCAGGCUAAGGAUGGGGUUCCCCAGGUAGUUAUCCUGGUGACAGAUGGGGAGUCAAAUGAUGAAGUCCAGGAGGCAGCUGACAGGUUGAAAGAAGAUGGGGUUGUGGUGUACGUGGUAGGGGUCAACGUCCAGAAUGUCCAGGAGUUGAAAACAAUAGCCAGUGAGCCAUUGGAGAAGUUUCUCUUCAACGCUGAAAACUUCAACAUCCUGCAGGAUUUCUCAGGAAGCAUUCUCCAGACUCUGUGCUUGGCCAUGGAGGGCAAGAUCAAAGAUUCUGCCCAGCAUUAUGCAGAUGUGGUCUUUCUCACUGACACCUCACAGAACACAUCAUGGACCAGUUUCCAGUGGAUGCAGACUUUCAUCUCCAGAGUGGUUGGCAUGCUGGAUGUUGGCAGAGACAAGUACCAGAUUGGGCUGGCUUGAUACGGUGGUCAAUGUCACACUGAAUUUUUGUUCAACACUUACAAACCCAAUGAGAUGAUGACUCACAUCCAUGAACACUUUGUACUUCGGGGAGGCUCCAGGAGGACAGGCAAAGCUCUACGAUACCUUUAUCAGACUUUCUUCCAGGAGGCAGCGGGAAGCCGGUUUCUCCAGGGCAUUCCCCAGUAUGCAGUGGUCAUUACCUCAGACAAAUCUGAGGAUGAGGUCCAUGAGGCUGCAGAGACAUUGAGGGAGAAAGGCAUGAAAGUCAUGUCUGUGGGUGUUCAAGACUCUGACAAGAGAGAACUACAGGGAUGGGCACCAUCCCUUGUAUAUGAGAUGCAAGGACAAGACAGGGUCAGACAGGUGAUGCAGGAUGUGAGUGGGGUGAUCCAAGGAACUGGGCAGCUUGAGAUGAAGAACGAAGCCAAGAUGGAGCCUAUAGAAGCCCUUCUUUCUGUUUUUGUUUUUUUUAUAACGUGUCCAACUGCUAUCCCGGCUGACUUGGUGUUCCUCAUUGAGGAAUUUAGCAGGGCUCAGCAAUCGAAUUUCCAACAUGUUGUCAAUUUCUUAAAGACCACCAUCAGCUCUCUAAGUAUUCAUCCAGAUGUUGUGCGAAUUGGCUUGGUCUUUUACAGUGAGGAACCACGACUUGAGUUUUCUCUGGAUACAUUUCAGAAUCCAGCCAAGAUCUUGGAGCUUCUGGACAAAUUAACCUACAGAAGAAGAGGAGGAAGGACCAAGACUCUGCUGCUUCCUGGUGCUGCUUUGGAUUUCCUAAGGAAUGAGGUUUUCAUUCAGGAGAAGGACAGUCUGUUCCAGCAAGGUGUGCAGCAGGUAGGCAUGGUCAUCAUGGAAGGCUUCUCCCAGGACAAUGUGUCCAGACCGGCUUCCCUCCUCUGCAGAAUGGGGGUGACUGUCUACGCAGUGGGUACCCAGCUUGCCUUGGAGAGCAUGAACCUGGAAAAGAUAGCAUCAUAUCCUCCUUGGAAGCAUGUCAUACCCCUGGAAUCUUUUUUGCAACUCAGUGUUGUGGGAAGCAAGAUUAAGAACCAGCUCUGUCCUGAGAUUUCGGGCAAAAGGGCUUCUGUGUCUGGGAUGAGCUCUGCCCUACAAGAAGGCUGUGUGUAUAUCGAGAAGGUAGGCAUUUACUUCCUUAUUGAUGGAUCUGACAGCAUCCACCAAGAUGAUUUUCUCAAAAUGAAGGUGUUCAUGAAUGAGGUGAUAAAGAUGUUCCAUAUAGGGCCCGACAGAGUACAGUUUGGAGUCUUUCAGUACUCAGACGAAAUCAGUAGUCAGUUUACCCUCAGCCAGCAUGCCACCGUGGCGGGGCUGAAGGUGGCCAUUGAUGGCAUCCAGCAGAAUGGAGGUGGCACCAUGACAGGUCAGGCCUUGGGUAGCAUGAUGCAGGUCUUUGCAGACACUGCUCGCAGCAACGUGCCUUGGUAUCUCAUCAUCAUCACUGAUGGCAAAUCUAUGGACCCGGUGGCCGAGGUUGUGGAAGCGUUGAGGGGAGAUGGAGUCACCAUUUAUGCUAUUAGAGUCAGAGAUGCUAAUACUAUUGAGCUUCAGGAGAUAGCUGAAGGCAGGAUGUUUUUCGUGAAUGAUUUUGAUUCCUUGAAGGCCAUCCAACAAGAAGUGGUACACGGCAUUUGCUCCUCGGAGACCUGUAAAAAUAGGAAAGCUGACAUUAUCUUCCUGAUGGAUGCUUCAGAAUACAUCUCCCCGAAAGACUUUGAAAAGAUGAAGUGAUUCAUGAAGCGAAUGGUCAACCAAUCUAAUAUCAGUGCUGAUGAAAUUCAGAUUGGCCUUCUGCAGUUCAGCUCAAACCCCCAGGAAGAAUUCAGGCUCAACCGAUACUCCUCAAAUGUGGACAUUCACAGAACCAUCUCGGACGUUAAGCAAAUCAACGACGGCACCUACACUGGGAAAGCCCUGAACUUCACUCUGCCUUUUUUUGGUAGUUCAAGAGGAGGGAGGCCCAGUGUCCAUCAGUAUUCGAUUGUGAUCACCGAUGGGGUCGCCCGGGACAAUGUAGCCAUACCAGCCAAGGCCCUUAGGGACAGAAACAUAAUUGUUUUUGCCAUUGGGGUAGGAGAAGACAAAUACCCUCAGCUUUUGGAGAUCACUAAUGACCAGAGCAAAGUGUACUAUGAAGAAAAAUUUGAGUCCCUGCUAAACCUGGAGAAGAAAAUUCUUUACCAGAUGGAUGGAACCAACAAUUUUCAUCUGUAUGUCUGGGACACAGAGAACCAGCAGGACGUGGAGCACAUGGCCCACUGCACUCUCUGCUAUGAUCAGUGCAGCCUGGCCCCGGAGUGCGGGCUGGGCGUGCCCAGGCUGCUGGCGGUGGACACGGACGUGGCCUUCGUGGUGGACAUCUCCGUCAGUGUGGGCACUGACCUCUACCGCACAGUCUUGACUCUGGUGGACGCUGCGCUUGACGACCUGGAGGUGGCUGCGCAGCCGAGCGCGUCCCCCCGCGGGGCCCACACGGCCCUGGUGACACACACGACCCCCCAUUUCUGGCCGGGCGCGGGGCGGCCACCUGUGCGCGAGGGCUUCCACCUGACCUCGUACGGCCGCCGGACGCAGAUGCAGAGGCACGUCCGCGAGGCCGUGGACCAUCCCCUUUGGGGAACGCCGGCCCUGGGCCACGCCCUGGAGUGGACGCUGGAGAAGGUGCUCCUGGCGGCCCCACUGUGCAGGAAAGCGCACAUCCUCUUUACCAUCGUGGCCAGCGAGACCAGCAGCUGGGACCGGGAGAAGCUAAGGACUCUGUCCCUGGAGGCCAAGUGCAAGGGCAUCACUCUGUUUGUGCUGGCCUUGGGCCUGGGCGUGGGGACCCGCGAGCUGGAGGAGCUGGCCUGCGUGGCCAGCGCCCCCUCCAAACAGCACCUGCGGCACCUUGAGGGGAUCUCGGACGCAGAGGCGGCCUAUGCCUGGGGCUUCACGCGGGCCUUCCUGAACCUUCUAAAAAGUAGAACGAACCAGUACCCACACCCAGAGCUCACUGAAGAAUGUGGAGGCCUGAGCCGAGGGGACACCUUGCUGCAACCCAUCCUGUCUGUCAAGAGGUUGCCCAAGCGCCAGUUUGGCAAAUCUGGCCUUGCUGAUGAUUUGGAAGCACUCGAAGCAACAGGCUCUUUUCUAGAGGAGAAUAGAAAAGCCACGAUGACAUCUUUCACUCAGCAAGAAGCACUCGAAAACUAUGAAAAGAGUCCUUGUUCCCUGGAUCCAGUGGAAGGUGAGUGUCAGGAUUAUGUCCUGAAAUGGUCCUAUAAUGAAAAGGAACAGGCUUGCCGACAGUUCUGGUAUGGCGGCUGCGGGGGCAAUGCCAACCGGUUUGAGACCAAGGGAGAAUGUGAGGCUCGGUGUGUUCCAACUCCCCUGUAG